GCACUCCUCUGCCCUAGGUGAUGUGGGAGAAAGACGGGAAGAAGCUGAACGACAUCUUCGAAAGUGCGCACUUCAGUGUGAGCAAUCAAGAUGGCGGCUGGUUCCAGCUCAAGAUCUACAGGACGCGCAUGCCAGACAAAGGCGUCUACACCUGCAGGGCUGUCAACUGCCACGGUGAGGCCUUGGCUGGUGCUGUCCUUCUUGUUGAGCCUGUACCGGAACGGGAGGAGAGUAAAAUGUCUUCAAACAGUCAUUCUAACAGCCAGUGGUCGCCGAAGCACAGGGGCGGGAGGCUCAGUUUGGCAAGGGUCAUCGAGGAGCAGUCUGUCAACAUGUCUAAAGCCAAGAAGUUUGCGGUGACAGAGGGGAAGCACGCUAAGUUCCGCUGCUUUGUGACCGGGAAGCCCAAGCCAGAGAUUAUCUGGAAGAAAGACUGGGUUCCCCUAGAGCCUGGGAGGCGUCAUCUGAUAUUUGAGGACAGAGAGGGUUACUACACGCUGAAGGUUCUGUACUGUAAAGUGCAAGAUACAGGACUCUAUGUGUGUGCAGCAUCAAACGCUCUUGGAAACACCCUCAGUGCUGUCCACCUGUCCGUCAAAGGCCCAGCUGUGCGGUUCAGGCGUCCAUUAAGAGACGCAGAGGUGAAGGAAAGGGAUGUCGCCAUGCUGGAGUGUGAGGUGCCCGAUGAGUCGCUCCCAUCUGCCUGGUACCUGGAGGACCAGCGGCUGAUGCCCAGCAGUAAAUACGGGAUGGAGCAGAAAGGAGCUACACGAAGACUGACCAUCCGUGAUGUUGGGACGGAUGAUGAUGGGGUGUACCUCUGUGAGAUGCCAGAUGGGGCCAAGAGCAUCGCAGAGCUUUCAGUUAAAGGUGCUAUUGUUCGCAAACUUCCCCGGAAGCUGGAGGUCCUGGAGGGUGAAAAUGCUGUGUUCUGCGUGGAGGUGGAGAACGACGACAUGGAGAUCCACUGGUUCAAAGACGGUUUGAAGCUACACGAAACUCACCAAACGAUCCUGAAAUCUUUCGGCAAAACUCACAUUCUAGUCUUUGUCAACGUGGCCCAUCACGACUCAGGGGUCGUGACCUUUGUGGCGGGACGAUCCAAGACCUCAUCGCGUCUCAAGGUUAAAGCCACAAGACAUUGUCCACCUAUCUGCCCCGUGGGAAUCAAAAUGGAUGUUGAUCGACCCAACAGCGCCUUGCUCACCUGGGUUCCCGCCCCCAACAGCCAGACCUCCACCAGAUCCAUCUUUGUUGUGGAGAGACAGGAAGUGGGCUCCCAAGAGUGGCAGAAGUGUUUCACCUCGGAGACCGCCACGUCAGCUGAGGUUGGCGGUGACAGCGUGCCGUGCGAGGGCAACUACCGGUUCCGUGUCUGCUGUGUCAACAAGUAUGGGCGAAGUGGCCAUGUGGAGUUUCCCAAAGCAGUCCAUCUGGUUCCUGGGCCAAAGAUCUGCAGUCGGCUUAAAGGCUGUGAGGUUGUGGUGGGAGAAUACGCUCAGUUCGCCAUCGAACUGUCUGCCCCGAUGGUUGGAACCUGGUUCCUGAAUAGCGCUCAGCUGCAGCAUGGCGAACGAUUUUCAAUAACACAGUCUCAAACACGGCACUCAUUAGUUAUCCGUGACACUCGCGCCACAGAUGACACAGCAGAGGUCACGUUCAUAGCCAAUGGGGUCCGAGAUUCAGCUGUGCUAAAGGUCACACCUGCUGUGGUGAAAUUCAGUCCUCUGUCAGACUUAGACAGCAAUAAGAAGGUGACCACUGGUGACCCCAUUGUGCUUUACUGUGAAGUCUCCCACCCCUUCGCAAAUGUAUCCUGGUUCAAAGACGGCAAGGAGCUCCAGGUGACAGACGGCCUCAACAUCCAAUCAGAUGGGAACAUGAGGAGGAUUGUGAUUCAAUCAGCUGAUGCAUCUCACUCUGGAGUUUAUACAUGUGAAUCAAAAGGGGAUGUCAUCACAUUCAACGUGGACAUUGCAGGUCCUUCUGUGGAGUUCAAGCCGGUCCCAGAGGAGGAGCUCCAUAAGAGCAGCAUGGAGCUGGACCCCGUGGUGCUGCUCUGCCAUGUCUCCGUAGAUGAUGCCGAAGUCGUGUGGUACAAGGAUGGAUGUGAGAUCAAGCCCACUGACAACAUCACUCUGCAGGCAGAGGGAACCAUGAGGAGGCUGAUCAUCCGUUCUGCAGAAACCUCAGAUGCUGGCAGCUACACCUGCCAGGCAGGAAACAAUAGCAUGGAGUUCACUGUCAAUGUCAGAGAGCCUCCUGUGAUGAUCGUGGAGCCAAAGGAUGAUGUUGUGAUGGAGAGCUAUAUCUCAGAGGAGAUCAACCUGCAGUGUGAGUUGUCUCGCUCCACUGGGAAGGUGCGGUGGUUUAAGGACGGCCAGGAGGUGGAUGAAAGCAACAACCUCCAGCUUAUAUCUGAGGGUCCUUACAGGAGGCUGACCAUCCGCAGCGGCUCGGUGGAGGAUGGCGGAGAGUAUGUCUGUGAAACAGAUGGAGACACUGUCUUUUUCCAGCUUACUGUCAAGGAGCCACUGGUAAGAAUAAUUUCCCCCAGUGAAUCAGAGCUGGAACUGACCCAUUUGGCCUCCGAGAGACUGGAGCUCAGCUGUGAGAUCUCCAAGACAGACGCACCUGUUAGGUGGUACAAAGAUGGCCUGGAGGUAGAUGAGAGUCUGAACUUGAUCCUGGAGGUGGAUGGGGCUCACCGCCGGCUGGUUAUACCCAUGACCACUGUGGACGAUACAGGGGAGUAUGUAUGUGACACUGAAGAUGACUCGGUGGCCUUCCUGGUCACUGUUGAAGAGCCACCAGUAAUGCUUACUCUGCCCGAAAACAUGCCUGACAAAGUGGAGAGUGUUGCCGGCAAACCAGUCGUGCUGGAGGUUGAGGUGUCCCGGCUAAGUGCAGAAGUCAAGUGGUGGCUAAAUGGCAGAGAAAUACAGGAGAGCAGUAACGUCACCAUCACAGAGGACGGGCUCAUCCACCGUCUGACUAUUCACUCUCCCAACCCACAGGAUUCUGGGAAAUACACCUGUGAUGCUGUUGAUGAUAAAAUUGAUUUCCAGGUCAAAGUUUCAGAGCCUCCGGUGAAGAUCCUAAGAAAGUCAGAGAUUAAGACAAAUCUUAAAUCCCUGAUUUCUGAUGACAUUGUGCUCGAGUGUGAGCUCUCCAGAGCCAACGCCGUCGCCAAAUGGUACAAGGAUAACUGUCGUAUUAAAGGCGAUGAAAGGUUUUGUGAAGAAGAAGGUGCUUUCCGCUCAUUGGUCAUACUAAACGCUGAACUCGGAGACUCAGGAGAGUACUUCCUGGAUGUUGGAGAUGACAGUAUCAGCUUCCAGGUUUUGGUAGAAGAGCCUCCAGUGAAAAUCGUGGGCAACUCAAGUGACCCUGACUACCAGGAAAUGGUGGCAGGGGAUGAAUUGAUCCUGGCCUGUGAAGUGUCCCGUGCCAACGCCCCUGUCCAGUGGUACUGCAACGAUAGGCUGCUUACCUGUGACUCCCGAACCUAUAUUGAGAGCAACGGCACUCUAAGGAAAAUUACCAUCUCAGCUAUCCAGCCCUCAGAUUCUGGGAAGUACGUAUGUGACGCUGUGGACGAUAAGAUGAUGACCAUUGUCAGGAUUGAAGAGCCUCCAGUUAUAUUUGUGAACAAGGAGGAAGACAUUGUCGUGACGGGUUACGAAGCAGAGAGCGUGACCUUGACGAGCUACGUGUCUAAGGAAAGUGCUCACGUGCGUUGGCUGAAAGACUGGACGCCUGUUGAAGGCGAACGUACCCGAGCACUCGUGGAGGGCCACAAGCGCACCCUUACCAUCGAGCCUUUGAGGCGCUCUGAUGCUGGCGAGUAUACUUGCGAUGUCAACACCGACCAGAUCCACUUCAGCUUGCUGGUGAAAGAAAUGAGAAUCAAGUUUGUGAGGCUGCUCCGAGACACUGUAGCACAUGCUGACGGUAUGGUGACCCUUCGCUGUGAGGUGUGCAAGCCAAAAGCAGAUGUCCAGUGGCUAAAGAAUGGCGUGGAGUUGGUUCCAAGCAGGAGGUUCUCAAUUCGGGCAGAUGGAGUUGAGCGAAGCUUGACCAUCCACCGUUUAACCAAAGAGGAUGCUGGGGAGUACGCCUGUGAGUCCAGAGAUGACCGGACUGCGGCAAUGCUGAGGGUAGAAAUGCCUCGGGUGGUGGAGUUCCUCACAGAGCUCCACAACACCACUGUGCUGGAAGGAGAAGACGCCACCUUCAAGUGUGUGGUUUCUCCUGAUGAUGUCCAGUUGGUCUGGCUCAUGGACAAUGAGCCUAUCACCCUGGGUGAUCGUUUCCAGGCAAACCAGAAUGGCCUGUGCCACACGUUGGUGAUCAAGAAAUGCGAGAUACUGGACUGCUCGAGGAUUACAGCAGAGGCAGAGGGACAAAGAAGCAAAGCCAGCCUCAAAGUUCAGGAGGCUCAGGUCAUGUUUGUCAAGAAAAUGGAGGCUGUCGUGGCGGAGGAGUUUGGCAAAGCAACCUUGGAGACAGAGAUCAGUAUUGAGACAGGAGAGGUCCAGUGGAUGAGGCAAGGGGUGGUCAUCCAGCCCGGUCCCAGACACACGCUGGCCCAGAACGGCUGUAAACGCAGCCUGACCAUCCAAAAUCUGACUCUGUCAGACCGGGGAACCUAUCGCUGCGAGACUCUGCAUGACCGGACACAGGUCAAGCUCAACGUAGAACUCCGUAAAAUCUCCAUCCGUAAAGGCCUCACCGACCAAGAAACCUUUGAACGAGAGACUGCCUCCUUUGAGGUGGAGCUGUCCCACACAGAUGUGGAGGGAAUCUGGCAGAAGGAUGGCAUCCGGGUGAAACCAAACAAUCAGUGGCGGGUCAGCACAAAUGGGCUAAUCCAUGGCCUCACCCUGUCCAACCUCACCCUGGAGGACACGGGUACUAUCGUCUUCUCAGCCGAAGGGGUGCGCACCACUGCCAGGCUCACUGUCAAUGAGACUCCAGUGUCUAUCCUAAAAGUGCUAGAGGAUGUCCGUGUGGAGGAGGAAUUUCCAGUCACUCUGGAGUGUGAAUUCUCCAGACAAAACAUCGAUGUCAGAUGGCUUAAGAACGGGAAGGAGCUGAAGCCAGGGAAGAACUGUCGGAUCUACUCCAUGGGCCGGAAGAAGUUCUUUCAGAUCAUGGAGUGCGCCCGUGCUGACUCUGGCACCUACACAUGUGACACAGGGGAAAUCAACACUUCCUGUUUGCUGGAGGUUUAUGAGCACAAGUUGGAGGUAGUGCAUGAUCUGGAGGACCUUUACAUUCAGGAGGACCAGAAUGCUGUCUUCAUGUGUGAGGUUUCUCUGGAGGAGGUCACUGGGGAGUGGUACAAAGACGGCCACAGGAUCCGGCCCACCAGCACCAUCAAGAUCCGCACUGAAGGGACCAAACACUUCCUCCUGAUGUGUAACGUCACAGCUGAGGAUCCUGGGGAAAUCCGCUUUGUAGCCAGGGAUGUCGAAUCUACAGCAUACCUUGAGGUAGAAGAACUCCCUGUGUCCAUUGUAAAACCCCUGCGAGAUCGAACGGCCCUGGAGAAACACCGUGUGAUCCUUGAAUGUACUGUUUCCACACCUCGCUCCAGCGCCACCUGGUACAAGGGCAAAGAGGAGCUGGUUGGCUCAGAUCGAGUAGAGAUCCUGGCUGAUGGCUGCUGCCACAAAUUAGUGAUCCAGCAGGUGGCUGUGGAGGAUGAGGGCACCUACAGCAUCGAGGUUGGGGAGCACACAUCCAAAGCCAAGCUGAUGGUGGAAGCCCAAGCCCUUGUAAUGGUCUCAGAGCUAGAGGAUGUCGAGGUAACGGAGUCUGAUCCAGCUUCCUUCAAGUGUGAGGUGUCUGUCGCCAUUGACAAGCCCCCCCUUUGGACUCUAAAUGGAGCAACCCUUCAGUCGGGCCCCUCUGUCCGCCUGGAAAACCAUGGGACAGUCCACAAACUCACCCUGAAAAACACCAGCGUGGACAUGAGCGGGGUGGUGAAGUUCACCAUGGGCAAGGCCAAGAGCAGUGCCACACUCACAGUGACGGAGAAGUAGAGGAAGAGAGAGGAAAGCAAGUGACUCUGAGAGAGAGAAAGCAGCUGACUGCAAUGAUGGGAAAUGCUCAUAUCACCUAAAACCUUCCAACAUCCAUUUGUGACGUUUGGAUAGCCUGCAUUUCCCUGUUCUGAAGUUACACUGAACGUAAAUUUAAACACCUUUGUUUUUGCUCCCAUUUUUCACAGGUUCAAGAUAAAAAUGUAAGACUUUUCAUGUGCACUCAAUAGACAUAUUUCUCACAAAUUUUGUUCGCAAAUUUAUUAAAAUCUCUGAGUGAGCACUUCCAAGAUAAUCCAUCCUCCUCUGACAGGUGUUUAACUCAUUUGCAACCUAAAUUUGAGAGAAAUAAAUUUACUGAGUGCCUGAAAAAUGUCUGAGAUAUUUAGCCAAAACCUGUGGAAAAUGGGAGCAAAAACAAAAGUGCUGUGUUUAAAUUUUUGUCUGGCAUAUUUCAGAUUGAGGGUAUUCAGUAAAGUUUUACAGACUAAGCAUUUAAAACUGGAGGCAUGUAAUAACCAAGUUAUUCCUUUUUUUACCGUGUAGAUGAUUUUUAUUUGCCUGAUACAUAUUUCUAAUUGACUUUACAUUCUUGUAUUCUGAUGGAAAUCCCUACAAAUAAAACUCAAAGUAACACAAAGUAACAGUGGCGUCAAAUGUCAUCUGUUUUCUAAGGAAAUUUUGUGACAUAAUGCUAAAUAAACUGUAGUUCUUUUGCAUUAUGUCCACAUGUGAGGUUUAAAACCUCACUCAUCAAUAUUCGCCAACAACACAACUCAACAUAAAUGCUAAUGUUGCUUGAGAUUUGCUGCCAGUCAAAUGACUAGGCAACCAGUUUGUGAAUGUUAGCUGUUGGCUAACCAGUUAGCUGCUUGCUAACUGGUUAGCCAAUAGCUAACAUUCAUGAAUUAACAAUGACAAUGUUGUGUUUCCAGUCUGUUAUGCUGCCUCUAAUUGGUCAAAAAUAAGCAAAAAAUUAAUAAAUGUUGCUAUAACAUACAGUGUAACAGUAUUUUAAUAUUAGAUUAAUAUGCUAAGCUUUUAUUAAAUCUGAAAUUGUCUCUCAAUGUGGUGUGCAGUAAAAUCUAUCAUGUCAUUUUAUCAUGUGACAGGACAGUGUCCUUAAAUUGGAGAUGAAUUUGUGCAAAACUUGUUUAAUUUUAGUAUUUGUUUCUGGUUAACCCUUUGUAACCUGGAGCAACGUCUUUUAAAAACAUGGGGGAAAAGGCAAUGAGCAACUUAGUAAGAAAUGUUCCACAAACUGCAAAAAAUGAAUAAAUUAAAAAAAAAAGUUUUAAAAAGCUAGGGGAAAAACUAUAUUUAUAAUUAGCAUUAUUAAAUAUUUAAAAUUAUGUUACUGAAUUAUAAUUUCUAAGAUCUUUUCCAGGUCAUUUCCUUGUUUGUUUUAAACAUUUUUUCUUAUUUUUUUUCUUACUUAUUUUGUUUUUAAUUUUCUUUUUACUUAUUUCUUGUUAAUUUUUUUGUCGCUCAUUUCCAUCUUCCAAGGAUUUGCCAACCCUUCACAGAUGCUACUUUUUUUGUUAUAUUUGUUUUAUAAAAAAU